UCCGGUUAUAAAAUAAUUUUUACUCUAUUUGUAGGCAUCUCUUUCUUCUUGGCUUCACUCUUUUACGCGCAGAGAUUUCCCGAGUUUUCCUUUGUUUUCUUCUGAAUUCUAAGGCAGCAGAGGAGAUGUUUAAGAAUACAUUUCAGUCUGGGUUUCUUUCCAUUCUGUAUAGCCUUGGGAGCAAGCCUCUGCAGAUAUGGGAUAAAGAAGUUGUCAAUGGCCAAAUUAAGCGAUUGCAAGAUGAUGACAUUCAAUCUAAUGUCCUCGAAAUAGUUGGGUCAAACGUGCAGUCGACAUAUAUUACCUGUCCAGCUGAUCCAACUGCAACACUCGGUAUCAAGCUUCCGUUCUUAGUUAUGAUUGUGAAAAAUAUGAAGAAGUACUUCACAUUUGAAAUUCAGGUGCUGGAUGAUAAAAACGUCCGCCGAAGAUUUCGAGCUUCUAAUUUUCAAGCCGUCACAAGAGUUAAACCCUAUAUUUGCACCAUGCCCCUGAAGUUGGACGAGGGAUGGAAUCAACUCCAGCUGAACCUUACUGAUCUGACUCGACGUGCAUAUGGAACCAACUAUGUUGAGACUUUGAGAGUUCAGGUUCAUGCAAGUUGCCGCCUGAGAAGGAUAUAUUUCUCAGAUCGCCUCUACUCAGAAGAAGAACUCCCACCAGAAUUUAAACUCUACCUUCCCAUGCAGAAAGCCUGAAAGAGCUUCAGAAGAAGUUUAUCUGUCGCGGUGGAAAUAUCAUGUUGGCCACUUUAUCACUAAGGUCUGGAGGUUUAUUUGGUGUAAUACACAAUUUCUCAGAGUUGAAUUUGUAGUUGACUAGUUGAAGGGAUCACCCAUAGCAACUGACACGCUUGUUUUAAGCAGUAAUGAUAAUUGGCUGGACGAUGGUAAUAUAGGAUCCAUGCUCUGAUCCUAGAUUGUUAUCUGUUUUUUCUGCAUAUGUUCAAAGACUGGAGUGCCAUAGAGUACAGACAUCAGCACGCCGUUCCCUUGUUAAUCAUGCAGGAUGGUUAGCACAUAUGGUUAACUGGAGCAUAAGAUUAUUUUUUUUUCAAGGUCUAUGAGGGCUGUUCUAUGGAGGAUCCCAGACCUCCAUAAAGAUCCACGAGAGUUCUUAAAUAACAUUUUAGCUUUUGAACUGUCUGAAUGAAUAAUCAAUGUUUGCAUAAGCUAUAAUCAAUGUUUGCAUAAGCUAUAAAAUACAGUUUUUGAGUGA